GCCGGGUGAUGGUACCCGUCAGUGGCGGCAUCCCCAGAGGCUGCGAAGUCGAGCGGGCAAUGUGUGACCCCAUGAGACACCUCGGCACGGCUUUUCGGUUACUCAAUAUGACAGGUGCCCGGAGUUCCUUUGCGUGACAACUUCAUCUUCAUUCAGACUUUCACGCGAUACCUCAGCUUCAUCAACUCUAAAGGCUGUCGGCACCAUGUCUCUGUCCGUGGCAGGAAAAUACGCGGUAAUCACCGGCGCAGGAUCAGGCAUAAACCUCGCCUUUGCAAGAUUACUUCUGGAAAAGGGCUGCUCCGUCAUGAUAGGCGACCUCGCCCUCCGUCCCGAAGCACGGAAGCUCAUAGAGCAAUACCCUCAUCCCCAAACCGGCAGUAACACUUCCAACAACAAAAAUAACAGCUAUCGCCCCUCAGCCCUCUUCCAAGAAACAAACGUCGCAUCUUGGCCCUCCCUGUCACGUCUCUGGUCCAGCGCUCUCUCCUCCUUCCCCCAAAUCGACAUCGUCGUCCCCGGUGCAGGCCUCUUCGAACCAGCCUGGAGCUCCUUCUGGCAUCCUCCCAAGACGGAGUCGAACCCGGAUAGCGAAUCGAGAGACACGGCGGACGCCGAGCCGGGGACCUACGCCGUUCUAGACGUUAACUUGACGCACCCGAUCCGGCUGAGCCAGCUUGCAAUCGGGUACUGGACGCAGGAGGGGAAAGGGGGGUGUUUGGUGCACGUAAGUAGUAUCGCGGGGCACGCGGCAGGUAUCGGAUCGCCGUUGUAUAUUGCGAGUAAGCAUGGGCUGCACGGUUUUGUGAGGUGUAUGGCGGGGAUGAGGGAUCGGUUGGGGAUUCGGUGUAGUGCUGUUGCGCCGGGGGCCGUGAUGACUCCAAUGUGGUCGGAGGACCCGGGGAAGAAGCACAUGACGCAGGGCGAGGGCGUCGAGCUGUUCCUCGAGCCGGAGGAGGUUGCAAGGGGCAUGCUUGAGUUGUGCGAGAAUCCAGAGUACGGCAACGGGACGAUUCUGGAGGUAUCCAAGGGGGCUACGCGUGUUGUUCCUCUAUAUCGGGCUGAGCCGCCUAGUGGUGUUGGUGUUGUUUUGCCUAGGCUGGCUGAGAAUGCGGAAAAGGUCUGGAAGAAGCUUGAGAGUCCUGGGUUGAAGAUUUAG